GAAUGUCAAUCGAGCAUGUUCGAAAAAGAAGGGCGUGCAUACGCAUACGCAGGCUGUUGUUUACGAAACUCACCCUCUAUCUCGUCCGUGCUGAAGGGUACUGCUGAAUGGUUUACUCCGCAACCUCUCUUUGAAGAAGAGAGCUAACGCCAAACUCUCCAUGGGAUAUCGCGGGGAAUAGCAAGCGGAGAGGAAUGUGAACUUCAGCAAAGCACACGUUUGUGCUAUUGAGCAGUGACUGGGCAUGUCCUGGCCGUAUCUGACCGUUUCCCUACUACAUAUCCUACACCAUGGGCCAGGUCAUGUCCGCGAUACAGAGCCCUAACCAGGCUGCUGUUGCUGCUGCUGCCGCCGCAGCGGAGCAAGGUGAAAAUGCCAGUCCCCCAAUCAAUGAAAAUAGAGGACGAAAGAGACGUCAUUCUGCUGAUAACGAGGACGCAGACGAUGAAAACCCUGAGAAUAUCAGCAACAGUACGCCUCUUCAGAAACGCAUAGCAUCUACAUCUCAGUACAUCUACAGCAAACUGUUCUUGGACGGAACCGGCUCUGAUGUAACGAUUGUAGCACUUGGCAGAGAUUGGCACCUGCAUCGUGUGUAUUUGUGUCAGGCCGACUACUUUGCUUCCAUGUUUAACGGUCCUUGGAAAGAAUCAGAGUCGCAGCGUGUUGAGAUAGACAUAGUGGAUGAGAACAUCACGGAGGAAGCACUGAGCACAGUGUUUGGCAGUUUGUACAGCGAUGUACUCAAGCUGGCGCCCACCGAAGUGCCUGGCGUCCUGGCCGGUGCCUCCAUGUUCCGUUUGGAGAAUCUACUGCUUGAGGUUUGCGGGUUCAUGUUGGAGACAUUGAAGAGUAGUACAGUGUGCACGUAUCACGAAGCUGCACGGAUGUAUGGUCUGAGUGAUAUAAAAACAAGGUUGGACGACUGGCUCUUGCUCAACCUUAUGCAGUCAAUGAGUGUUGAGUUCUUCCGUAAUUUGGGGGCUGAGUUAUUGAAACACCUGCUACGUGAUGUGGACCUGUUUGUUUUGCAAGUGGAGACUGAUAUCUACACUCUCCUCAAGCAGUGGGUAUUUGUUCAGCUGAACCCUGAUGUUGACUGUGAAUUCGGCAAGCUACUUACACUCAGUGAUCAGUACUUUAGGACUAUGCAUGAAGAGGAUCCUGAGCACCGGGCACUCUUGGAAACGGAAGCAGGUAGUAAAUACAGUGACGUGUUCCAGUGCUUGCGGCUACAUCAUCUCUCUGGCGAUGCCUACUCUUGUCAGCGGCUGGAAAAGGAUAAGAUCUUUCCCAAGUCCUGGCUGAAUAACAUGUACCGCAAGCAGUGGCUCAUGGUGGUGAACUCGGAACUGUCAACUGAUACUGGACUUGCUGGUGUUAGCAAUGAAUGGUUCUUUGCACAUGCCAUGCGCUAUGGACGUGUCUUGCCUCAAGCCAAUGCCGAGUACUGCUGGCGAUGGGUUGGCUACACGUUUGGUCUUGACUUGGUGGCUGCCUACAAACAAAGGCGCGUAUCAAUUCGUCGCAACACCGCAAAGUAUCCAUGUAUGCGCAGCAUUCAUGUGCACCCGGAAGCACGUCACAUUGAAAUCAGGGUGCGAGCGAUUUGGCAACAGGAAGAUGAAAAUGACCAUGUCCGCGUCUACGACGAGGAAAGCGGACGCCUCGGUUUCCAACUUAGCAACGAUGAGGAAUGCACUGUACUGGACGUUCCGGAGAACGCCGUCUUUCCGCUUUUCAUCAGCUUCCAGGUGGCUUUUAGUGGUGACGUGCCCGAUGCGUAGGGAUUGAUGCCGCUGCUGUGCAGUGCCGCUGCAGCGAACAGGACGUGUUCUGUACAUACUGGUAUGUAGUGAACAUAAUCAUGUACAUAAGUUGAUGUUGUUUUUAGCACGAUGCAGUACAGUGCUACCUGCAAGUGCUGGCUUAUUUCAUUUUCAUUUUUCCAGACAAUGCUGCUAUAGUCUGGAAGGUUUUCGCUCCCCUCACUCUGCCGAUUGCCAGUGAGGUCUUUGUCUCGUUCUCAUUUCCCAUCUUACUCCUCGUCUACACUGUUUGUGUGCUGCCUAUCCCAACAAAUACUCAUCUUCUGCAGUUUGAGUGCUCUCUUCUGUAUUCUGCCCCCACAGGAUACCGCGGGCGAGCAAUUUUCCGCAUUAUUGGCUUUCAUCCGCAUUUUCGAGAGAUUUUGCAUAAAACCCGCCUUAUCCAUGAAAAUGUACAAGAAAUAGAACACGAUGUUGAAAGUGUACUACAAAGCCGUACACUUGCGUGAAACUGUACUUGUACCAAUGACAGACAACUCGUGCAUAAUGGCCACAUUAUAUACCGCAUAAUCCCGAAGAUUUGCCGCAUUAUUCUGUGGGGACAGCGUGUUGUAACUAUUGUUCUUCCCGAACGGUACCCUGCCCGUUGGUGUGGAGUCUUGUUGCUGUUGCAUUUGUGUCGUUCGCGAGUAGUUUUCCCUGUGUGUUCAACACGGUAUGCUGCACUGUAUGUAGUACAUUGUACGCAUUGCAGUGCGUUUCGAAAUAGGACUUUUUGAAAAUAUUUUCGUCCGUCUCCUAUCUUCUAUAACGUGUUUGUUUCUAAUCCAAAUGUUAUCAUCCUUUUUUAGUCCGGGUAGCUCCACUACAGUACUAGUAUUGAUUUUAUCCUGUCUUUUAUCCUGUUUGUUGUUCACUAUGGUCAGUCAGUAUUGAA